AUGAACCAUGACGAAGCAACAAAAAAUCAUCCUGGUGGUGAAAAUAGCAAGCCCUCUCACGAAAGAGAAACAAGAAUGUACAGCACGGAAGCGAGAGAUUACGCAUUUGCCAGUUUGAAGUUGUAUGUUUCGAACCUCAAUCCUAAAUGCACAGUAUUUUUCCAACUUCCUAAAUCAAAUGUUGCCCUCCAUGAUGCUGUUUG